AAAAACAGAAGGAAGUGAUCGCGCCACGCCGCGCACUAGCGGCCACUCGGUCUCCGGCUACCUGCAGUUUGCGCGCGUCGUGUUGGUACGCGUGCCUCGUCCGGCCAUCUCCAUGGCGACGGCCGUCUCGCUCUCCUUCUCUCGCGCCCUCCUCCACACCUCCGCCCCUCGGUCGUCGUUCCACCGCCGCGUGUCCGUCUCAGGCGCUGGCUCCGCGCUCCCGGACACGCGCCGUCUUUGUCGCCGUUCGCUGGCCGUCUCUGCCGCGGCAGGGGCUCCUCCGCUCGACGCCGGCACCACCGCGUGGGACGCCCUCGGGGGCGUCUCCGUCUUCGCUGCCGGCACCGGCGACGCCGUGCCGCUCAGGGACUUGUGGGACCCGUCCGAGGGGGUGGUCGUGGUCGCGCUGCUGAGGCAUUUCGGAUGCUUCUGCUGCUGGGAGCUGGCCUCUGACCUGAAGAAGUCCAUGCCGAAAUUCGAGUCCGCGGGAGCUAAGUUGAUCGCCAUCGGCGUCGGCACCUCUGACAAGGCACGCAUUCUCGCCGACGGGCUGCCAUUUCCCGUGGAUAGCUUGUACGCCGACCCCGAGCGCAAGGCUUACGAUGUCUUGGGCCUGUACCACGGAUUAGGCCGUACACUCUUCAGUCCAGCUAGUGCUAAAAUAUACUCGAGGCUCGACUCCAUCAAGGAGGCGACCAAGAACUACACACUGAAAGGCACACCGGCAGACCUGACGGGCGUCAUGCAGCAGGGUGGAAUGUUUGUGUUCAAAGGAAAACAACUGGUGUACGCGUGGAGAGAUGAAGGCACCGGCGAUCACGCACCCUUGGAUGAUGUCCUCCGCAUGUGUCGCCAAGUUCCGAUUGCUUGACGUUUUAUCAGGCAGAUCGAUCUAUUUGACGUGCCGGACUGACAGGAAAGCCAUUCUUGGGCAGAUAUCAAGUUCUGCUCCGGAUAGUAUUUGCUGCCGCUCGUCAGAAAUAUUUUAGUAAAUGUUAAAAAAGUCAAAUAUCUAUUGUAAAAUAUUCUCGGCAUCUGUCGCAGAGUUCCUGCUGCUGAAUUUUUGUCCAAAAGGACCCCUAGCCGAAUGUAUUUGUCGGAAA